UGCCCCAAUCAGAUCUCUCCUUCUCGCCGAACUAGCGGAGGUAGCCACCGUUCAGGAAGCCCUUAGGAAAUACCAUUAGCGGGCUAGGCGGCUGGUUUGCCGUGUUUCUCAGCGUAGGAAGAUGGCGGCGGGCAGCGUCAACCCUUUUCUCAGUGACUCCGACGAGGAGGCUGAGCGGAGGACGGAUGGGCCCGACAAACGACGCAGCCCGGGCGACGUCGCACCGGGCCUGGGCAUCGGAGCCCUUUCCCCGCACACGGAUUCAGAGCCAGGGGCGUCGCUCCUAUCCAGCAGUAGGACGAGCCCCGGGGUGGAAAGUGUUUCUGUCCCGGGUGCUGCUGCUGCGGCUGUGUCUGCGGGAGGGAGCGGGGAGCCUCGGCUGUCUGUGGAUGCGAUAGCGGCUCAGCUGCUGCGGGAUCAGUACAUCCUGACGGCCCUGGAACUGCACACGGAGCUGCUGGAAGCGGGCAGGGAGCUCCCCCGGCUGCGAGAUUACUUCUCCAACCCGGGCAACUUCGAGAGGCAGAGUGGCACUCCGCCGGCUUGCAAAGAGCCAGUACUCGGUCCUGCCGGACAGCUUAAUCGCACCGGAAGCAUAAGCACUCUGGACUCCCUGGAUUUUGCCCGCUACUCCGACGACGGGAACAGGGAAUCGGACGAGCGCGUCGCAGUCCUGGAGUUUGAACUACGGAAAGCCAAGGAGACCAUACAGGCUCUGCGGGCCAACUUGACUCAGGCAGCAGAGAGCGACGUUCGUAUGCAGGAGAGGAAGAACUUCAAAUCCAGCCCUGAAAUUCAGGAACCUAUCCGCCCUCUUGAGAAAAGAGCAUUAAAUUUUCUAGUCAACGAGUAUUUAUUGAAAAACAAUUACAAGCUUUCGUCCAUCACGUUCUCAGAUGAAAAUGAUGAUCAGGACUUUGAGCUGUGGGACGACGUGGGCUUGAACAUCCCAAAACCCCCUGACCUCCUCCACCUGUACCGGAACUGCGGCUCCAGCCCACCAUCGCCCCGGGAUACGGUGGACGUCGGCGUGGGUGUGGAGGCCGACGAGCUGCCGUCUGGCCCGGUCACGCCGCAGCCCUCGCUGAACACCGAGCUCCCGCAGCAAGCGGCCGUGGUUCAGGAGCUGGAGUACCAGAUCAGCCUCCUGAACAGCGAGAAGAAGAGCCUGUUAGAGAAGAUCAAGAAGUUGGAGAGUGACAUGCGCAUCAUUAAGGAGAGCAUCUCCAUCCCGCCGCUCGUCACGGCAGCAAAAUCGGGCCGGCUGCCCGACCCCGGGCCCCAGGAUAACGGACAGUACCUGGACAUCCGGCGCUCCACGGAUCAGGAUGACGUGCCAGACGGCCCAGCCGGGGGUUUCAGCUCUGACCCUGACCUGCAGGAGGCGCCGCCCGUCCAUUCGCAAGUCACCGACCUGACCAGGCCUCAGACUUCACCCCAUGCAAAGUUAAAAUGUCAGACCUCGCAAAGGAAGGGGCCUGUUGAGUUUGAUCAGCCAAACAGAAAGCUGUCUCCUGCAUUUCACCAAGCACUUUUGUCCUUCUGCCCGAUGUCUGCUGAUAGUCGUCUUGGCUCCGAGGAGCUGAUUCCCCUCAUUCUGUGUACCGCCUGCCUUCACCCGGAGCCCAAGGAGCGCGACCAGCUCCUGCAUAUCCUCUUCAACCUCAUCAAGAGGCCCGAUGACGAACAGAGGCAGAUGAUCCUGACCGGAUGCGUGGCCUUCGCACGGCACGUGGGUCCGACCCGGGUGGAAGCAGAACUGCUGCCGCAGUGCUGGGAGCAGAUCAACCACAAGUACCCGGAGCGCAGGCUGCUGGUGGCAGAGUCCUGCGGAGCCCUGGCCCCCUAUCUGCCCAAGGAGAUCCGCAGCUCCCUGGUGCUGUCCAUGCUGCAGCAGAUGCUGGCUGAGGACAAGGCCGACAUGGUGAGGGAGGCCGUGGUGAAGAGCCUGGGAAUCAUCAUGGGCUACAUCGACGACCCGGAUAAGUAUUCCCAGGGCUUGGAGCUCAUGCUCCUCUCCCUGGGCGACCCGUCGGAGAGAGUGGUGAAUGCCACCCACCAGGUGUUCAUCCCGGCCUUCGCGGCCUGGGCCACAGAGCUGGGGACCCUGCAGUCGCAGCUCAUCCCCACACUGCUGAGCCGCAUCGAAAAGCUGCUCAAGGAUGGCGAGCACACGCUGGACGAACACAGGCUCCACAUAUUCCUGUCGGCCCUGCAGUCCCUCAUCCCGGCCCUGUUCGCUGCCGUGCUCCAGAACGCCCCCUUCGCGGACCGAGCCCGACUGCAGGGCGAAGCGCCUCCUAUAGAGGUGACUCGGUUCCCGCGGCCAGCGUCGCCACUGCAGGACCUGGCCACCAUCAUCGGCAGCCGGGAGCAGCUGGCCGUCCUCCUGCAGCUCUACGACCACCAGCUGGGCCACGAGGGCACCACGGGCUGGGACAGCCUCCUCUGGGUGGUCAACCAAAUGCUACCCCAGCUCAUUGAUAUCGUCAGCCGGAUAAACAUCACAUCGGGCACCUCCGUCCAUGAGUUUUCCAGGUUCUUCUGGAGGUUAUGUCGGACAUUCGGGAAGAUUUUCACCAACACCAAGGUCAAGCCACAGUUUCAGGAGAUCCUUCGUCUUUCCGAGGAGAACGUGGACACGACGGCCGGGAAUGGGAUUCUGACAAAGGCCACUGUGCCAAUCUAUGCAACAGGGGUGCUGACAUGCUACAAUCAGGAAGAAGACCGCAAGCUCCUGGUUGGAUUCUUGGAAGAUGUCAUGACCACCUUGUCAUUGUCACAUGCCACUCUGGAGAGCUUGAAGGCAUCUUUUGUGGAGCUGGGUGCCAAUCCGGCGUUCCACGAGCUGCUUCUGACAGUCCUCUGGUACGGCGUGGUCCACACCUCGGCGCUUGUGCGCUGCACUGCCGCUCGGAUGUUCGAGCUGUUGGUGAAGGGGGUGAACGAAACCCUAGUAGCUCAGAGAGUCGUGCCUGCACUUAUCACACUCUCCAGCGACCCUGAAAUCUCUGUAAGGAUAGCUACCAUUCCUGCAUUUGGGACAAUUAUGGAGACAGUAACUCAAAGAGAGCUGCUUGAGAGAGUCAAAAUGCAGCUGGCUUCCUUUCUGGAAGACCUCCAGUACCAAGACCAGCAUUCCUUGCACAUGGAGAUCAUCAGGACACUCGGCAGGGUGGGACCCAAUGCGGAGCCGAGGUUCAGGGACGACUUUGUCCUUCCUCAUUUGCACAAGCUGGCUUUGGUCAACAACAUGCAAACGGUGGAGGCGAAGCGAUUGGACAUCGCCACCCAGCUCUUUGAGGCCUACAGUGCCCUGUCCUGUUGUUUCAUUUCAGACGAACUGAUGGUGCACCACUUCAUCCCCGGCCUGAGGUGUCUGAGGACCGACAUGGAGCACCUCUCCCCCGAACACGAGGUUAUUUUGAGCUCUAUGAUUAAAGAAUGCGAGCAGAAGGUGGAAAACAAGAGUGUGCAGGACCCACAGGGCUCAGCGUCGAUAGCAGCAAGUCUCGUAGGUGAAGACACCAGGACGAAAUUCCUCAGCAAGAUGGGUCAACUGACCACCUCGGGAGCCAUGUUGGCCAACGUGUUCCAGAGGAAGAAGUAAUCUGCUGCAGCUCGAUCCAUGAUCCUUCAUUGCCUGGGACUUCUUACUUGAACUCGAUUUCCACCUUAAUUUAGUUUUAAUUGUCAUUUCGUUUUUUUGUUUCAUUAUGUUGUGUCCUUCUUGCUGAUUUAUGUUUUUCCUCAUAUAUCUUUAUUCCAGCCUCCAAAGAAAUUUGCACUUGUGUUUUUUUCCUCUCGUCUGAAUUACGUUUUAGCGUUUUUAUGCUUUUGUUUCCGUAGCCGUACUGUCACUUGACAAAUGAAACCUAAAAUUCCCUCGUAUUGUUCUUGCUCUGUGUUGCAGUGUUUGCUCACACACACACACACACACACACGCUCACAGUAACACACACAUAUAUAAAUAUAUAUUUUCUUCCUGAAAGUGGGUGUUUAUAUUUGGGUUUAUUGUAUUUUAUUUUUUGGAUAUGUUCUAAACGUAAAUAACUGUAUAAUACACUGAUUUAAUAGAACAAUAUCCAUAAUAUGUAAAUUUAAAAUUGAUGUCAUGACAAAAUAAAAAUGGAAGACACUUGUGUACUAUA